GUGCGCGCCCGUGACCCGGCCCCAUGCUGCCGGUACGCCUGGCCACUAGGCUGCUGCGGCCCUUGCUGAGGCCGUCGGGGCCGGCCGCGGCGCGCCAUGGCCCCCGGAGGCCGCUCCCGGGCCGGGAGGCUGCAGCCACCUCCUUCUUGGAACGGGGGCUCCGAGAGGACGUCGCCGCGCCCCGGCACCCCGAGGACAGCGCUGACCCGGCUGAGCAGGAGCAAUUCCUGUUUCCAGAGUACACUCCGGAGCCGGAGCCGGAGCCCAGCCCCGCGGAGCUGCUGCUGGAACUGCAGCGGCAGGAGCAGGAGAAGGAGCGGCGGCGGCUACAGCGGCAAGAGGAACGGCUGCAGCUCAAGCUGCGGGGGAACCCCGACCCGACCGUGCCGCCCAGCGGCGUCCACUGCUCGGGCUGCGGGGCCGAGCUGCACUGCCAGGACCCUGGCCUCCCCGGCUACCUGCCCAGCGACAAGUUCCUGGGCGCGGCGGGGGACGGCGGGCUGGCGCGCACCGUGUGCCAGCGCUGCUGGCUCUUGGUGCACCACCGGCGCGCCCUGCGCCUGCGCCUGAGCCCCGAGCGCUACCUGGAGCUGGUGAGCAGCGCGCUGCGCCGGCCCGGGCCAGCCCUCGUGCUCUACCUCCUGGACCUCUUGGACCUGCCCGACCCACUGCUGCCCCGCCUGCCUGCGCUGCUGGGCCCCAAGCAGCUGAUCGUGCUUGGCAACAAGGUGGACCUGCUGCCCCAGGACGCGCCUGACUACCGGCGGCGGCUGCGCGAACGACUGUGGGACGACUGCGUGCGCGCUGGACUCCUCCCGGCUCCUGGCCACCAAGGGCCUCAGGGCCUCAGCGAGGACGGAGAGCAGAGCACGGGCCCGGGGCAAGGCGCCCGCACAGUGGUCCGGGACGUGCGGCUCAUCAGCGCAAAGACGGGCUAUGGGGUGGAAGAGCUCAUCUCGGCGCUCCAGCGCUCCUGGCGCUACCGCGGCGAUGUCUACCUGGUGGGAGCCACCAACGCCGGCAAGUCCACACUCUUUAACACACUUCUCGAGUCUGACUACUGCACCGCCAAGGGUGCCGAGGCCAUCGACAAGGCCACCAUCUCAUCCUGGCCGGGUACUACGCUGAACCUUCUCAAGUUCCCUAUUUGCAACCCGACUCCUUACAGAAUGUUUCAGAGACAAAAACGGCUUCAGCAAGACGCAGCCGCGGCCGAGGAGGACCUCAGCCAGCAGGAGCAGAGUCAGCUGCGGCUGCUGAAGAAGCACGGCUACGUAGUAGGCAGAGUUGGAAGAACGUUCUUGUAUUCCAAAGACCAGAAGAGUGAAGCGGCUUUUGAGUUUGAUGCGGAUUCACUUGCCUUCGACAUGGGAAAUGAACCUGUUAGGAUUCCAAAGAAACCCGCUGAGCGAGUCGAGCUGACGCCACAGGAUGUGAAAGACGCCCACUGGUUUUAUGACACCCCCGGGAUUUCCAAAGAAAAUUGUAUUUUAAAUCUUCUGACAGAAGAAGAGGUAACUAUUGUUUUGCCGACACAUGCCAUUGUUCCAAGAACUUUUGUGCUUAAACCAGGAAUGGUCCUGUUUUUGGGUGCACUGGGCCGACUAGAUUUCCUGCAGGGCAGGAAGUCAGCUUGGUUUACAGUCGUGGCCUCCAACUUCCUCCCUGUGCAUGUCACUUACUUAGAGCGGGCCGACGCCAUCUACAAGAAGCAUGCGGGACACACGUUGCUCCAGGUUCCCAAGGGUGGAGAGGAGCGAAUGAAGGCCUUUCCGCCUCUGGUUGGUGAAGACAUCACCUUAAAGGAAGGCCAUGGGGACAUGGAGGCCGUGGCGGACAUCAAGUUUUCCUCAGCAGGUUGGGUCGCGGUAACGCCUCAGGGUGACGACAAGCUGCACCUACGAGGCUACACACCUCGGGGCACUGUCCUGACCGUCCGGCCGCCCCUCCUUCCACAUAUUGUCAACAUCAAAGGUGAACGCAUCAGGAGAAGUGUGGCCUAUAAGACCAAGAAACUGCCCGCCCUCGUGUACAACCUGAAGAAGAAAAACACGUAAAUACACGAGGCUGGCCUCCACAUCGUGUGGCGGCUCACUGAACACAACAGUCCUUACUGAUGGGCCGGCGCUGUGGUGCCACGGUAAGGCCACCGCCUGCAGUCCC